UAUUGUAGGGAUACAAAUAAUAUGGACACUCUAUGGUCGUACGUUGUUCAAUUCACAUUUUCAACCAACAGUAUUUGCAUUACUGUCAAAGAAAGGAGUGACUGAGUUUCAAAAAUAAAACUAGAUUGUGGCAAAAAGUUUCUAAACUAUGAUUAUCGUGUACCUGAAGAAAAGCAACGAUCGUGAGAAUACAAGAGAAGAAAAAUAUCGAAGGAGCAAAAUAAUUGAUAAUUCUUUUUUCAUUGGAAAUUGAAUCGAGUGCGAUGCAAUUGUUGCAGAGGAUAUUUCAACUACUAGCAGUGUGCGGUUGUUGGCAACCACCCUCUUCGGCACCACCCUACAAAAAAUUCUUCUACACCGUCUAUACUGUGAUUCUAUUUACAUUGUUAAACGCUAUAACAUUUUUACAAUGCCUGGACUUGAUACUGGUCGUGGAAAACCAAGACGAAUUCAGCGAUAACGUUUAUCUAACGUUGACGAUGAUGGUUUCGUGUCACAAAAUGUACAGCAUGUUAGCGAAACAUAAGAACAUCGCUGUUUUAAUUGAUAUCCUGAAUAAGGAGCCUUUUCAACCGGAAAAUGAGAAAGAAAUGGAGAUUCGAAAGGAAUUCGAUAAGAAAGCCCGGUAA